CUGGUGCACCAGUCUCAAACACAAAAUGCAUUCUACCAUGAUCCUUCUGGGUGUCUUGUUCGGCCUGCUGAGCCAGGCGUACACUCUACCUGUUAAGAAUUCUACUGGACUAUAUGAGGCAAAGAUUAGGUUGAGAAGGACAUACUCAGGUGGGAUUUCAAACGAAUUUACAGACCAUGAUCAUGAUGACAUGAACGCAAUGGAUCAAAUCCUGGAAGUCAAUCGCAGGUUGCGAUUUCCCAGAGGAAUGUCCUUCAGAGAUGGAGAUAUUGCCAGCUCGUAUUUCCGGAGUGCCAUAACCUGCCCUGGCAAUGCCUGUCUGUGGCCUAAAGCAGUUGAUGGAUUUGUUUAUGUUCCCUUCAUGCUCUCUCCAAUAUAUGAGGACAUGGACAGAAUCACCAUAGAAACUGGGAUGCAAGACAUUACUGCUGGAACGUGUAUUAAAUUUGUUCCACGUACUCAGGAAGCCAGCUUCCUUGAUAUUCAGCCUAGAUAUGGCUGCUGGUCAUUUCUGGGGCAGACUGGAGGAAGCCAGACCCUGUCACUGCAGACUCCUGGCUGCAUGUGGUCAGGAGUCGCUGCCCACGAGUUCAUGCAUGCUCUUGGUUUUGUACAUGAGCAAUCUCGCUCAGAUCGAGACCACUAUGUCUCAAUUGUAUGGAAAAACAUCAUGGCAGACCAAGCUCAUAACUUCAGGAAACAGGCAACAAACAAUCUCAACAGUCCAUAUGACUACAACUCUGUCAUGCAUUAUGGAAGAUAUGCCUUCUCUGAAGAUGGUGGACCAACAAUCAUCCCCAAACCUGAUCCUUAUGUUCCCAUUGGCCAGCGAGACGGACCCAGUAAUCUAGAUCUUCAUAAAAUAAAUGUCCUAUACAACUGUGGAGUCAACUAACUGGAUCCAGAGUGUGUGUCAAGUUCUGUGGAAAAUGGUUAAUUGUAACCUCCGGUCAUAAGUAGCCUACAUUUUAUGGGAAACAAUAUUAUGCUAAUUUAGUAUUUACUUUUAGAUAGCUUCCUGCUUUUAGAUUGUGUCGAAGUCAGUUCUGAGUACAAUCUAGUAGUUUGAGAUAUAAAUAAACUAAAUAUAAAGCUGCUUUUCACUAAUAAAGCUGACAUCUCACUGUAGUAAGUUUAACAUACGCACUGCUGCCAAGUAGAUCACAUCUUCAAAUCAAUUGUUCCAUUUCUGCUUCAUUCACAAACGUGCUCAA